UUUUGCGCUUGCCGCUUUUGGCUUUAGUAUUCUCGAGAGGCCGGCGGCGAUUGGCAACGUUUAUUGCAGUUUCCAAUUGUUAUUAACUUAAAGCAUAGUACAACCACUAAGUGCAUUUAGCAAUGUCGCAGAUCUGUAAGCGCGGUUUGUUGAUCAGCAACCGAUUGGCGCCCGCCGCCCUCCGCUGCAAAUCAACAUGGUUCUCCGAGGUGCAGAUGGGCCCACCCGAUGCCAUCUUGGGCGUCACGGAAGCCUUCAAGAAGGACACCAACCCCAAGAAGAUCAACUUGGGCGCUGGCGCCUAUCGCGAUGACAACACCCAGCCCUUCGUGCUCCCCAGUGUUCGGGAGGCCGAGAAGAGAGUGCUGAGCCGUAAUCUGGACAAGGAGUACGCCACAAUCAUCGGCAUUCCCGAGUUCUACAACAAGGCCAUCGAGCUGGCAUUGGGCAAGGGAUCCAAGCGUCUGGCAGCCAAGCACAACGUGACCGCCCAGUCCAUCAGUGGAACUGGAGCUCUGCGCAUCGGAGCCGCCUUCCUGGCCAAGUUCUGGAAGGGCAACCGCGAGAUCUACAUCCCGUCGCCAUCGUGGGGCAACCAUGUGCCCAUUUUCGAGCACGCCGGUCUGCCGGUGAACCGAUACCGCUACUACGACAAGGACACCUGUGCCCUGGACUUCGGCGGACUGAUCGAGGAUCUGAAGAAAAUCCCCGAGAAGAGCAUUGUUCUUCUGCACGCCUGCGCCCACAACCCCACUGGAGUGGAUCCCUCUCUGGAGCAGUGGCGCGAAAUCUCGGCGCUGGUCAAGAAACGCAAUCUGUAUCCCUUCAUCGACAUGGCCUACCAGGGCUUCGCCACCGGAGACAUUGACCGCGACGCCCAGGCGGUCCGCACUUUCGAGGCCGAUGGCCACGACUUCUGCCUGGCCCAGAGUUUCGCCAAGAACAUGGGAUUGUAUGGUGAGCGCGCUGGCGCCUUCACCGUGGUGUGCUCCGACGAGGAGGAGGCUGCUCGCGUGAUGUCCCAAGUGAAGAUCCUGAUCCGAGGUCUGUACUCCAAUCCCCCGGUGCACGGAGCUCGUAUUGCCGCCGAGAUCCUCAACAACGAGGAUUUGCGCGCCCAGUGGCUGAAGGAUGUGAAGCUGAUGGCUGACCGCAUCAUCGAUGUGCGCGCCCAGCUCAAGAACAAUCUUAUUAAGCUGGGAUCCAGCCAGAACUGGGACCACAUUGUCAACCAGAUCGGCAUGUUCUGCUUCACUGGCCUGAAGCCGGAGCAGGUGCAGAAGCUGAUCAAGGAUCACAGCGUCUACCUCACCAACGAUGGACGUGUUUCGAUGGCGGGAGUCACCAGCAAGAAUGUCGAGUACCUGGCUGAGAGCAUACACAAGGUUACCAAGUAAGGAGGACCAGUGGAGAUCGAAGUAGAGAUGGAGUUUCAGUAGUACCUUUUAAUCCGGCACUUGUACGAAUUUUCUAGCACCAACGAAAUUCCGAAGUCUAGAUAAACCAAUGCAUUUUGCACACUCUCUAUCCAUAUCUCUGUAUAUAAGCUAAAUGAUCUGCCUUUUAAAAAAUAAAGCAUUUAAAAUGUUAGUAA